GUGUGUGUGUUGUGAACAAUAGCUACCCAAUGCCCAAUAUUACCUGGCAGCACAAUUAUAAGAAUGUGGACCUCAGCAGCCCAGAUGUGAAUGUUACCAAUAAUAUAGUUACUAAUAAAAAUGGUUUUUAUGAAAUACAAUCUUCUCUGAGUUACUCAUCACGAAGGGAGGAGGGAAAAGUUUCCUUUACCUGCGUGGCAAUUUACUUUGAAGGCCUGAACAAGACGGCAUCCAAAGAAUCUUCACCAGUCACUUUGUUGAUCCACUACAAAUCUUCAAAGAUUUCAUUGGAAGUGACCCCAGCACAAGAUGUCGAAGAAGGAACAAAUGUUACAGUGUCAUGCUCAGGUGAUGGGUAUCCUCCUCCAGAAAAAUUCAACUUCAUGAAAAAUGGAGAGGAGAAAGUUGUGGCCACAGAUCAUUAUGAGCUAAUUAAUGUGACACAAGACGAUACCGGUGAAUACACAUGUUCAGAGCAAGAUAACCCUGACAUAAAAGAUGCUGUUAACGUCACUGUGCACUACUUGACCUUGACUAUGAAUCCUAAUGAAAACAUCUCUAAGAUGGUUGGAGAGAACAUAACCCUGGAAUGCCUUGCUUUCUCUUCUGGAACUCUGGAAGUUACCCUGAUGAAAAAAAAUAAGAUUUACCAAACUCCCCUCAGGUUGGAUUCACUGCAGUAUAUACAUUCUGGUACUUACACCUGCUCAGCCAAAUUGGUGGAAGUAAAGGAAAUGAAGAGAGAGAAAACAAUAAUUGUACGGGUGGAAGGAAAGCCCAGGAUAACUAAAUUGACAAAGAAGGUUGUGAACAAUACUAAAGUGAUCACCUGUGUUGUGGAGGGAUUUCCCAAGCCAGUUGUGCAGUGGAGCAUCAAUGGAACAGCUCCCAGAGAGGAAUCAGUAAAGGAUAGAAAAUCACAGUGGAACCACAAGAUAACUGUACAACCUUCAGAGAACAUUACUGUAACAUGCCUAGCCACAAAUGCUCAUGGACAGGAUCAAGAUACAGUGAAUCUAACUGCCAUGCGAUUCAAGGAACCAGUGGAUGAAACUCUUGAGCAAGACCCUGCAGCAGACCCAACGGAUAAGAAGAACGAUGGCAAAACUGACCAGGCCAAGGUGAUAGUAGGAGUCAUUGUUGGCCUACUUAUAGCUGCUGUCAUCGCUGGUGUGGUUUACUGGUUGUACAAAAAGAAAAGCCCAACAUCAAAGACCAAAACCAAUGAAAGAGGCACUGCUGAUGAGAUCAAGAAGAUAAAUAAGGGAGAUAACAACCACACAUCAGGUUCCUCAACUGUAUAACCACAUCAUCUCAACAAGUCAGGGAAAGAAGACAUCUACUCAGAUACAGAUUGGCCAAGGACAUGAUUGACGUUGAAACAGCGAAUUGUAAGAUAUGCUGAAAUCGACAGCAACUUGAAAUUGCCAUGUUUCUCCACCACUGGCAAUGCCUUAUCUCUAAGAUAUGGAAAUACAAAUAUUUUCAGCUGAAUAUCCAAAUAUUUUUAAUGAAACACAUUGUUUGUUACUCUCUGUGGGCUGAAGCAGCAUUUUACUUGAGCAGUUGUACACAAGGUUAUCUCCUCACACUGAUGACGUAAAUAUGCAGUAACUUUUCAUUGGAUUCAACACAUACAGCACAUGACUAAUAUUAGAAGAGGUGACCAAGAUAUUACUCUCAACUAAGGGACUCAGUCCUUCAAAGGAUAAUAAAGUGCCCCAGUGUAACAAAUGAGGGGUUAAGAUAUUUUAGGAAGUGUGUUUCAUUGUUUUAAAUAUCUGCACUGAUGUGUUUGCUUUAAAUGUUAAUAUAAUUUUCCAGGGGGUGGUGAAUACUUUCAUGUGCCAUUUCUUUAUGGCAUUGGUUUAUGGGUUAAUGUGGAUCAUAUUGCAAAUGUAUUUUUUUAAAUAUUAGCUUCAGGUUAAUUUUCAUGGCAAUUCUGGUUAGUAAGAGUUGGUACAAAGCAAAGAUUUCAUUGGCUGAGUUGAUGUUAAACCAUUGUUAGACUUCAGUGGAACUUUCAUUAUCUUCCAUGAUGGAGGAAAUCCCAAGCAGAUAUGUGUCUAUCAAUUUUAGUUUUAGAUCUGUGUUACAGCAGUUGCCUAAAAAGGGAAGGUAAGUAAAAUACAUUGGGUCAAAUUUUAUAGGGUCUUGUAUGAUGUGGAUUUUGGUGAGAAAUCAGGGAGAAUUGUAUUACAAGUUCACUGAGACCCUUCUUAAUGUUGGAAGCGACUAGCUGCAUUUUCCAACUACGUUCUGGUUUUACAGGCCUCAUUAACUAUAUAUCUCACCUUAUUAAUAUACAGCUACUUCUCCUUCCGCCCACUCUGAGGGGGAAACUCGACCGAGAAUUCCUGACAUGAAAGCUGCCCUUCAAGCUGCAAUGACAACUGGCAUUGAAAUGGUGCUACAAGGACGUGUAGAAACAGGCAACCCAACUCACAAUUGGACCAGGCUGAAUCUCAGGGCUUCUUGCUUGCUCUCUCAGCAUUUACGCAGCUUGAGCCUAUCUGGAUGCUGACAAAAUCCUUGCCUUUUUGCUCUUUCCUCUCACCAAGCCAGAGCUACCAGGUUGUCAAUGUUUCUGUCUUGCAUUGUCAUUUAGCACAGAUACAAAGCAAAGCAGCUUAUCAUGGUUGUGACCAGUCCUCAAUCACAUCAAGGGAGAUAGCCUUCAGUCUAGAAGUCCCAGUGCUGCACAUCAAGGGCAGCUAUCUACAUCAGGCGAGUUGGGUUUGGCGCAGUCAGUGUCAGGACCCUCCCCUCAGUGAGCUGCAUGUUGGGCAGAUCACCAGCUGUCUUGGGUCUUUAUGGCCUAUUGUAGGCUAUUUUCUCCUGGAAUGAGAGAAAGGUGAGAACUGAGUGGCACAGCUGUUUAAGCUCGUUCAGGUGGGACAUGGUGAUGUAUCCCAAGAAAAUGAGAAGGCAGCAGAGAGGCUAUGCAGGGGUAGUAGAGUCGGGUUUGGGGUGGGUGAAUGAGUUGGAUAGUGUAUGAACCAUGGUGGGAAUUGGAUGCAGUAGUAGAGAGAUGAUUGCUCAGUGGAGACAGUCAUAGAGUUCUCAGCUGGCUGAAGGAAGGCUCAGCAGCCAAAAAGAGGGUCAAAGACUCGGAAGACAACUUACUAUCAGACCUUGCCAGCCUGAUCUAAAGGCCUCUGCUGCUGGUCUUGGGGAAGGAAGACAUCAUUCAUAUGCACCAUUUGUCCAACUGGUUCUUAUCUGCAAAGUGAGGAACCAAGUUACUUGUAUCAAACAUCUGGGAUAAAUGUCAGGGUAGAACAACUUUGGACUGAUGGUGCUCAUCUAAGUGCACAUCUGUGUUUUUAAAAAAAUGGCACGGGCAGCAGGGACAACAAGGUGCAGAGCCGGAUAAACACAGCAGGCCAAGCAGCAUCAUAGGAGCAGAAAGGCUGACGUUUUGGGCCUAGACCCUUCGAGAAAUCCUGGACUGCUGAGUUCUUCCAGAGACAGAGUAGUAGUAAAACUGGGCUAGUCACAGAUCUGAAGUGCAACAUAGAGGUAGUGUAGGUCGUUAACGAGGCAAGUUUAGGACAAUAGCAUGAGAAAACUUGACAAAUUUGACACUUAAGCCAAAAGAAAUUCAGCCCAUUUGAUUCAGUCAUUCUGAGUAGCAGCAUUUUUGAUGGGAGGCAUUUGAACUUAACAGGUUUUCGAAAGAGCAACAUGUCAUACAAAGCUUUACCCUCCAAAUAUUUUGAUGAAUAGUCAAAAAAUCAGAGCAAAGAUAAUGAAGGUUCCACUGUCCCUUACCAAUUGCUCACUUGGGUUUAAAUUUUCCUGAUCCUUGCUGCUAGUUUCACCAACUAGUUGCACUGCUUAAAGCACUCUUUAAUAGCAAAUUGAAAUUUGCUGGAAUAUGUUGGUUUUUAUAGUGAUGUAUGCUCUCAAUGUAUUGGUUAGAAAAAAAAAGUACACCACUAGAUUUUCAUUUGUUGUGCCUCCCAAUAGAACUGGAAUUAGGGAGGAAGUAAUGUAUAUUUAUAAUUGAUGCAUUUUUUGUACUGAUCUUAACCGAGGCAUCCAUAGAUAACAUCCUCAAAUGUGUGAGAGCAGUUGGCAUCCAAAAAAUUAUGAAAGAUAUUAGAAGCCAAAUAUAAGUGAUAAAUAGGAAUCAAACUACUUUGUUUACAAACUCUUGUUGAAGAGUUUUGCAGAGCAAACAGCAACUUGGAUAAUAACGUGUAUUAUUUAGACAUAAUGAGCAAAAAAAUGGAAAAAAAGUCAACUCUGUUACAUGUAGCAUCAUAAAUACACUCAAAGAAUGUGUUUACAAAGGUGAUGCACCACUGACUGGAUCCCCAUAUAGAUUUCACCAGGUUAAUUUUUCAUUUUUUCUUUGAAAAAAUGAAAAAUUAAAAGUUGAAGCUAGUAAUUGAUCAAUAUUUAAUUUGCCAUAAAUGUAUAGACAUUGUGGGAUGAUUACUGAAUACACAAGACGUUUGUGAAAAAUAUGCUAAAAUUGUGCACGUUUGAGGAAUUUAUUCUCCUAAUUUCUGUGAUGACCUGAUAUAUGGGCUACUUUUUUCUUUGUAAACUACAAUCUCCAUUUCUGUGAUGCCCUUAUUUCAUGAGUUUUAGACUUUCCAAAAAUAUGCACCAGAUGUUUGUAAUAUAUUCAGGGGUUGUGACCCCCCUGGAAAAUCACUUACCUGCCCAGCAUAUUUACGUUACUUGUAUGUUAGCAGUGCAGGCAGUUAACUAAAUUUGGGUCAUUUAAAGUGACAUUUCAACUUUAAUUCACGAUAUAUAUGGAUUCUAUGUUAUGGCGGUAAAGCAUAGUAGACGGACCUAAUGGUUUUACUAAGACUUGUUAUACUUCAAUGAUUGAAUCGCUGAAAUACACAUAAGUGAAUAAUAAUGAUGUCCCCUAAUCCUAUGGAUCGUUGUGACCUCACUUAGUUGCAUGGAAAAGUAGAUGGAAAUGUACAAAUAUAAAUCCCAUUGUAAAAACUGAAUUUAACUUAUUCAGUCGUUAAAUGGCAGUGACCCAGAUUAGUUAGCCUGAUUCCCUGUACAAAAACAAUUCAUAAUCUUUAAUCUUUCCAGUUUGCUAAAAAAAAAUAAAUGUUUUGAAGCUUCAAA